AGGAAGCGAAAAGAGGGGAAGAAACAUGGUGUACGUAUGUGACACGGACGCAAUAAAAGAAAGAGAGGGGCCCCUGGGAAGAAUGGCUGGGCAAGUAGAGAAGAGACACGUAGACGCAUAUAGAAGAGAGAGAAGUUACUAAAAAUGAGAUUGUGAAGGAGUGGGAGGAGAAGGAUCUGGUAUAUUUAAUUAAUGAAAGAAUGAAAGUAAUGAUGAUCGGUGUUCUUGGAGAAUGAAAGAGAAGAUGAGAGAGAGUUAGAAGGCAUAGAUUAAUUAGAAUAGAGAUAGGAGAAGAGAAAAGAGGAGGGUAUGAAUGAUUACAAGGGAAGAGAAGGAGAAAGUGUUGUUGUUCGGAAGCGAAUCAAAGAUAAGACGCAGCACCAACAACAAGAACAACAACAUAAUCACCGACAACCCAGUCCUUCCACUGCAAGGCCACCCCAGUUUCACCGUCGCUCCGUCUCCCUCCCUAACAAUCAACACGAGGAAUCUGAAACAGAUAACGAAGGAUCUGAAGUUAGUGUUUCAGAAGGGGAUGACUCAUGCUGGAUCUCAUGGUUUUGCAAUUUGAAAGGAAAUGAGUUCUUGUGUGAAGUCGAUGAUGAUUUUGUACAAGACGAUUUCAACCUCUGUGGAUUAAGCAGUCAAGUGCCUUACUAUGAUUAUGCAUUGGAUUUAAUUUUGGAUGUUGAGCCCUCCCACGGAGACAUGUUCACAGAGGAACAGAAUGAGUUAAUUGAAUCUGCAGCGGAGAUGCUUUAUGGUCUGAUUCAUGCUAGGUACAUUUUGACAAGCAAAGGAAUGGCUGCAAUGCUUCACAAGUUCAAAAACUUGGACUUUGGCAGAUGUCCAAGAGUUUACUGCUCUGGACAACCCUGCCUUCCAGUUGGACAGUCAGAUAUUCCUAGGUCAAGUAAUGUAAAAAUAUUUUGCCCCAAGUGUGAAGACACUUAUUACCCAAAGUCCAAGUAUCAAGGUAACAUGGAUGGAGCUUAUUUUGGAGCUACGUUUCCUCACCUCUUUCUGAUGACUUACGGGAAUCUGAAGCCACAAAAGCCAUCACAGAACUAUGUACCAAGAGUUUUUGGUUUCAAAGUUCACAAGUCCUGAAGCUGGGUGGAAUUUCAAGCUUUCAAACUAUGUACCAAGAGUUUUUCCCUUUGUUGUAUUUCUUUAAAAUGCAGUGGAUUUUGAGUUUCUGAAAUGAGUAUAGUCUAGAUAUACGUUUUUGUAAACUGUAAAGAUAUAUGCAGGCACCUACAACAAGGCAGCUAGAGCUUAAUUUUUCUUUCAGUUUCAAAUUCAGUCUGCCUUUGUAAAGCUUUUUCUGAUAGAAUUCUCGAUCAAGUACUCCAAUGCACUUUCUUAUCAAAUGUAUUCAUGUCGUUUACUUAUGAAAUUGAUUCCUGCUUCUUGCCA